AAACCGAGAGAGAUGGCUGCAGCUGAGGAGGAAACCAGUAACUUCUCUGAACCCGAAGCACAUCCGAUGAGCGGUGGAGAUGGUCCCAACAGCUACGCCAACAACUCAACUUUGCAGAAAGGAGCCGUGGAUUCUGCAAAAGAACUUAUAAGUAAGGCAGUUGCCGAAAAGCUUGACACAGACGUGUUGUUAUCUUCUAACACCUUUCGCGUUGCCGAUUUGGGUUGCUCGGUCGGGCCAAAUACUUUUUUGUCUGUUGAAAACAUACUCGAAGCUGUUGAACUAAAGUAUCAGAGCCAAGGGCUGAACUCACAAAUCCCUGAAUUUCAAGUCUUCUUUAAUGAUCAUACUCUCAAUGAUUUUAACAAGCUCUUCUACUCCCUCCCGCAGAACAGGCGAUACUAUGUUACAGGCGUGCCUGGUUCUUUCUACGGCCGCCUAUUUCCUAAUGGUUCUAUUAACUUUUUUCACUCAUCUUAUGCCCUUCAGUGGCUUUCUAGAGUACCAAAAGAGGUAGUGGACAAAAAUAGUCCGGCAUGGAACAAAGGACGAAUCCAUUACUCAGAUUCCACUGAUGAAGUCUUAAAGGCUUACGAAACUCAACACGCUGAGGACAUGGAGUGCUUUCUAAAUGCCAGGGCACAAGAGAUUGCAGAAGGAGGAUUGAUGGUACUCAUCAUUCCAGGCAACCCCAAUACUCUCCUUCAUUCGAAUUCAAUGGGACAUGUGACCUUUCAACUUAUAGGGUCUUGCCUCAUGGACAUGGCUAGAAAGGGAGUAGUGAGUGAAGAGGAAGUAGAUGCAUAUAACGUACCUCUGUACGCCAUGACUCCCCAAGAACUGGAAGCUGCUGUAGAAAGAAAUGAACUUUUUAAUCUAGAGAAGUUGGAAACAUUACCUCAAGUGCCGAUUCCUCGCACUGUCCCUUUAACCCAACUCGCAUCACACGUGAGAGCUGCCUUUGAGGGAGUUAUCAAGCAGCAUUUCGGAGAGGAAAUCUUAGAUGAGCUCUUUGACUUGUACCUUAAGAAACUUGAAGAACAACCCUCUAUCCUUACAUCGGGAACUUCAACUGCAAUUAACUUUCUGGCCGUUCUUAAGCGGAAGGCAAAUUGA